GUGGGCGUGCGCGCGCAUUCUUCACGUGCGCAAGUGAGAGCCUCCGUGUGUGCGUGCGUGUGUGUGUGUUGGGCUCCAGAGCGAGCAUCGCUGACAGAUCCGACGGAUCGCUUUAAGCACAGAUUAAUUAGCCCGGUUCGGAUCAGUCCGGCACCACACCAGCAUGUCGUCCACCACAGAAGUCCAGAACCAAGAACCGAACCAGGAGCCGCCUAAAGAGACGACGAACGCGGAGCAGAAAGAGGAGGCGAAAGAGGCGCAGGGGGAGGAGAAGGAUGCGGCGAAGGAGGAGGUGAAGGUGGAGGAGAAAACGGAGGAGAAAAAAGAGGAGAAAAAGGAGGAGAAGAAGGAGGAGGAGAAGGUUCAGAAGAAGGAGGAGAAGAAAGAUCAGAACAAAGAAUCAUGGAAGGAUUUCAUCUACAAUCCCCGGACCGGAGAGUUUCUGGGCCGAACCGCCAGCAGUUGGGGUCUGAUCUUCCUCUUCUACCUCAUCUUUUAUGGCUUCCUGGCGGGAAUGUUUACCCUCACCAUGUGGGUGAUGCUACAGACACUAGAUGAUAAUGUUCCAAGGCACCAGGACCGACUGGCCAACCCAGGAUUGGUUGUCCGUCCUCUUGGUUUUGAGAUUUCCUACAACCGUUCUGAUCCAACGAAGUACAACCCGUAUGUCCAACAGCUGCAUGACUUUCUGCAGAAGUACAACGACAGCAUCCAGGAGGGGAAUGACUUGUGUAUGGUAGGGGAAUACACUGAUCAGGAUGAGCAACCUAAAAAGAAGGUUUGUCAGUUUAAACGCAGUGCACUGCGUCUGUGCUCCGGACUGCCAGACACCAGCUUUGGGUACGCUGAAGGGCAACCCUGCAUCAUCGUCAAGAUGAAUCGGGUCAUUGGACUGAAGCCCCAAGGAGAUCCAUACAUCAACUGUACCUCCAAGAGAAACACGCCGCUGCAGAUGCUUUACUUCCCACCUGAAGGCCGUCUGGAUAAGAUGUUUUUCCCGUACUAUGGCAAGAACGCUCAUCCUGAUUACGUCCAGCCUCUGGUGGCCGUCAAGCUGCUGUUAACUAAAGAAGACUACAACGUGGAGCAGACGGUGGAAUGUAAAGUGGAGGGAACCAACCUACGCAACAACGAUGAGCGGGACAAGAAUAUGGGUCGGGUCACUUUCCGGGUUAAGGUCCUUCAGUAAAUACUUGGUGCCAUGGACUUCCUGAUUUUACACAAAAACCAAUUUUAAAUUCAGGAAACCUUUAGCCCAGACCUGAUCUGCUCCUACUCGUAUGAAUCUGGGUCAUCUAAUCAAAUCUGGACCUCUAAGGUUUAACCAUACACUGCCAGAACCUUUGCAACCUCCUUGCGGGUCAGUCCAGUUUGACCGAUCAUCCAGCUGUUUACAUGGAUCCUGUUCAGACGCUGGGAACAGAUCAGGUCUGAUGUGGAAGCAUGUGACCCCAGAGCACACCAGUGUGUUGUUUUUAGACUUUUCUAUGUUAGUGAGAUAAUAAGAAAUAAUCUGAUUCCUAUUGUGAGUCGCAGGGCGGCGCAGCAGAGUCAGCCUGAUCUAAUAAACACUGGUUGCUGUUUCUUUAGCUUUCACAUGGUCUUAAAAUCAAACAACCUGAUAUCCAGUCACCCAAACAGGAAUCAGCUGCAAUGUUUUCCAUUUUUCUGACUGAGGAGUUCAGGCUGUGCAGCAGAAGGUUUCUUGAUACUAAGGAACAGAUAAACUAAACCACAGGGCUGCUUCUUACCGACCUUCAAAAAUUAAAGUCUAAGAUUAAUCAUGACUGAUUUAUAAAAAAUAAUCAAAGAUGUGUUUUUCAGGAAGUGGGUAAGAAACCUGCACUGGAAAAAUCUAAAUCUAGGUAAGUCAUUUGUUCUUAAAAUAAGUGAAUUUGUUCAGAAAUCUUGCCAAUGGAACCAGACAAUUUAUGGCCCAUGGCUUUGACAUCUCCUCAAGUGUAGCUUUGAUAGUUGUGGCUGAAAUCUGGUUAGUUUCUGCAUUAAUUUUGAUCUAAACCUGAUUGAUGAUUAAAGGCUUCACCCAACCUCUAACCAAGAGUGACAGAACGGAUUGUUGAUCAUCAUACGGAGGUCGUUGGGGUGUGUAAACAUUUGAGCUUGAAUGUACCUUCAGCAGAGUACCAACUUAGCUCAAUUCACGAGUAGGAGGAUUUGCACAAUUAUCAGGUCAGGUUGACUGCUUUUUUAUCUUUCAGAAUCAUCAUAUUUUGGGGACUGAGAGUGUCGAUAGUACAGAUAUGCAGAUUUCUGAAGAAAAAACAGAGAAUUAAAUGAUUCAUGAUGACAAGAACCUUUUCUUCUCCAACCAGCUCCCCAGGCUUUUACUAAAUGGAAAACAGAGCUGAAGCACCACAGUCUCCUACCAGCUGAUCCAGACUAAUACUAGAUGUGAUCGUUUACAAGUAAAAGCUACCAAAAGCAUUUAGCGACCAAAUAAAAGGAGACUCUCACUGCGCUGCCCUCCCCCAUCUGUGGAUGAUUUAGCAAAAGAAAGAUUUAAACCUAAUACAGUUAUUAUUUUAGCAGAUUGAAUUAUUUAUUUCCUCUCGGAUUCGUGAGAUCAUAUUCAUCAAGUGUAUUUCCUUUCCGUUCAUCAGCCUGUACAGUUUUUAAAAUGUGAACUAUGUGUGAUUGUAAUGAGUUCUGUGUGACCAUUUAAACACCAUGAAAAACAUCAGCAGAGUUACAAUUAGUGAAACGCUGUUACGACAUCACUGCUGUUUAAAUGUGCUGUGAAAUCUUUUUGUUUUCUUCACAAUAACAGAGAAAUUGCUGUGAAUUACAUAACUGACAUGAUGAUGAUGAUGAUGUUCCUGUAUCUGCUGGAGGAGCAGAAAAUACCUGGACAAAUGAUUAUUUAACUCUGCUCUAAAUAAAUUAUACAUCUUCUAAA